CGACGGAGGCACGAGGCCAGUGGAGUAGGUCCCUCUGUUCCGACAGGUGCGACACUGGGCGCUCCAUGCCUGCGGGCGCGGGGAGGCAUGGCCUCCCCCAGGGCCGCCGCCUCUGCUGGUUGCUCUGUGCUUUCACCUUAAAGCUCUGCCAAGCAGAGGCUCCAGUGCAGGAGGAGAAGCUGUCAGUGAGCACCUCAAAUUUGCCAUGCUGGCUGGUGGAAGAGUUUGUGGUGUCAGAAGAGUGCUCUCGAUGCUCUAGUUUCCAGGCUGUGAGUUUCUACAUUUUUCUUCCUGCCCUCAGCUGCCGCUCAGCUCUGAUGGAACAACGCUUGUUUUGGAAGUUCGAAGGGGCUGUUGUGUGUGUGGCCCUGAUCUUCGCUUGUCUUGUCAUCCUUCGUCAGCGACAGCUGGACAGAAAGGCUCUGGAAAAGGUCCGGAAGCAGAUCGAGUCCAUAUAGCUACAUUACAGCCUUUUAUCCUGGGUCUUAGAGACCCGAUCUCAGACAGUGAAAGUGAAAUGGAGUGAUGUGCACCCUUGGUUCUUUGAAGCCUUGUGAUGAUAGCCCCUUUUCCCCAUCUUCUUCCAGAUCAUUAAUGAGCAGAAUAAAAAGAAUAAAAUAGUUUCUUUCCCUUCUGUAACUUGGAUUAGGAAGUCAUGAGGGCAGAGAGGGAAAGGAGGCAGCUAAGUACUUAAGGCCCCAAUCUACCAAGUCUUCCCCACCACUUUCUCCUUGUUUUCCCCCCUCUUCUACUUAUUUCAAACUUCUGGGAUACAAUUUCAGUUAAAACGUUUAUUUCUCACUCAAGACUUAUUUCCCGUCAACUCUAUCCCCAAAGAAGAAAUAAAAUCACAGGUAUAU